CCUGAAUUACCGAACAAAGUAAUAAGACACAAGUCAUUCUUCUCAUAACCUUCUCAAAACGUUCUCAGCUUCUACUCUUACUACUCUAGUAAACGACGCGAGAGAAAAACGGUACUUAUAGAAUGCGACAUCCCACGUAGCCCUAAAGUGGCCUCUUCUUUUCUCUUUUCUUCCUUUCCAUUAUGUCUUCCGGGAAGAAACUUACCGACUUCCCCGACCUCGAGGCGAAGCUACAGAAACCGUCGAAGCAAUCCGCGUUCGAGAAACAGAAGGCCGAUGCCGAAGCUAAACGGAAGAGGGAAGCUGCCGAAACAGCCGCCGUAUACGAGAGCUUUGUGAAGAGUUUCGAUCACGACGACGACGAUGACGAGGCGGGUACUACUACGGAUCAACAGAACGCAUUCGGUGCUCGCCAACAGGGUAGCUAUUUCGGUCGAGAAGGAGGUAGAGUACCGCCGCCGAAGAGACAUUUCGGUGCUGGGCUUGGUGCCCCGCCUGCGCUGAAGAGUGGUCCUGGAUCUUUGGGUCCCGCGCCGACGCCCUUUGUUAAUAAGAGGAGGUUUGAGACAAAUACAAAUCAACAAGGGUUCAACAGAAGGGGUAUAGAUGAUUCAAGAGGUCGGUUAGGAUUCCACGAUGAUGAUAUUAGCGAUGGUGGUCGCGCGCCGAAGUCGAAGGGUAUUUCGAAAGUAUUCGAUACGAGCGACGACGAAGCCGACACAAGAUCUAGAGACUUAGCUGAGCAGAAGGCUAUUGCGAAACCGACACUCCGUCUUUCUAACCUCCCGCCAGGAACAUCGCCUGCAGUUAUCAAAGCUCUAAUGCCGUCAAGUCUAACCAUAGAAAAUGUCAAGAUCCUACCAGUCAGUGCCUCGGGGACUACAGAAAGGAAAUCUAUAGGAGCAAUUGUCACUUUGUCCAAAGAAACGCCCGCAACUGAUAUCGAUGCUGCGGUCAGCUCUCUACAAAACCGAUACUUAGGCUACGGCUUCUACCUAUCACUACACCGACAUCUAUCAUCCGCGGUAACUUCUACUGCGGUCACCUCAAGCUUCACCUCCUCGACCACUUCCCAACCUUUUGGCGCAAAGCCAGUCCCUCAGCCUAAUGGUAACAAUCCUCACCACCCAGGUGGAUUCCAACGCGGAUUUGCUCCACCGACAUCCUAUGAAUCAAGUGGCGGCCCAAUAAAUCGAGUCCUCUUACAUGUUCCGGUCCAAGCUCCAAGAGAUAUUAAGCAACUUCAGCUUAUCCACAAAGUCGUCGAAUCUGUACUAGCACAUGGCCCAGAGUUCGAAGCUCUGUUGAUGUCACGACCUGAUGUACAAAGAGAAGAGAAAUGGGCCUGGCUCUGGGAUGCGCGUAGCGAAGGUGGGGUUUGGUAUCGGUGGAGGCUAUGGCAGGUUAUCACGGGCGCAGAAGCGAACGCAGAGCAUAGGAAAAAAUACAUACCGCUCUUCGAAGGCAGCCAUGCGUGGAGGAUACCCAAGAAGGACUUAUCAUACGAGUAUGCUACCGCCAUCGACGAAUUUGUAUCCGACCCGGAGUAUAAUUCGUCUGACGAGGAGGAUUACGAAGACGAAGGGCAAAGACCAGCAGACAAGGAUGACAAUGAGGAAAGUACAUACUUGAAUCCACUCGACAAAGCGAGACUCACGCACCUGCUGGCUCGCCUCCCAACGACAUUAACGAAGAUCCGGAAGGGUGAUGUUGCUAGGGUGACUACUUUUGCAAUCACUCAUGCGAGUAGAGGGGCGGAUGAGAUAGUGGAUAUGAUUGUGGCUAAUGUAGUCAAGCCAUUCUCGUUGACAUCAGCAAACCCCGAAUACAACAAAGCCAGUAAGGAUUCUGAAGACCACGGCGAGUCGCUCAACUCGACGCCUUUCCCCGAAGAUGCGGGCACGAAGCCCGGCGACGUCCAGGACACGAGCGCUGCAAGCCUCAUCGGUAUAUACAUUGUAAGCGACAUCCUCUCAGCCGCUGCGGCAAGCGGCGUCCGACAUGCCUGGCGGUUUCGUCAACUUUUCGACGCGUCCCUCAAAGAUGGCAAAGUUUUUGAGAACUUGGGUCUUAUGUCAGAGCGCCUCAAUUGGGGUCGCCUCAGGGCAGAGAAAUGGAAGCGUAGCGUUAAACUCGUACUGAGUUUAUGGGAGGGAUGGUGCGCAUUUCCACACGAGAGCCAGCAGCUCUUCAACGAGACGUUCGAGAAUCCACCUAGUGCGAAGAAAGAGGAACAGGUUGACGAAGUUGCUAAGAAGAAUAAGUGGAAGACUUUGGAGACUGGUGGCUCGGGUACUAUCCAGAGCGAAGGCAGAGGGUUCGUACCACUAUCUGCAAGCAUGGACACCCGAAAGAAUGAUGAGAUGAGAGGAGAGGCCGAUGACGAAGAUGGAGAACCGAUGGAUGAAUACAUGUCUAUGGACGAGGAGGAUCUCGAUACCGAUAUUGACGGAGUCCCAAUGGAUGACAGCGAAGAUGGUGAGCCUAUGAACGAGACAGACGUAGGAGACGUGGAACAAGAUAAAUCUACUGGUAAAUCAUUGGAGGCUCACACCGAAGGAAAUGAGAGGCAGCAGGGCGGCGAAGAUACUAGAAACCCCGAAAUAAGUAGCUCAUCUAAGGAGCAAGCGGCUGCCCAACAACCGAGGAGGCGUAUGAGGGCUGUGGAUAUGUUCGCUGACUCCGAUAACUCUGAUAACGGGUCGUGAUGGUAUAAGAGAUGAGGUUGAUCUCGGUUAACGAAGAAACUUGUCGUCUUAGCAUGAGUCUUAGUGGUGGAAGGAUCCUAUACGAGCUAUGUUGAGAACAUGAUCAAAUAAACAGAAC